CCCCACUCCAGCCUCACCUACCCUACUCUCUGCUUCCUUCUCUCCACAUCCCUCUCCAUUCUGACAGCUUCCAUGGCCCCCAAAAAGCCAGACCCCAAGAAGGACGAUGCCAAGGCAGCCCCCGCCCCGGCGCCCGCACCUGCGCCCGCACCGGCACCAGAGCCCGAGCGCCCCAAGGAAGCUGAAUUUGAUGCAUCCAAAAUCAAGAUCGAGUUUACCCCGGAGCAGAUUGAAGAGUUCAAGGAAGCCUUCAUGCUGUUCGACCGCACGCCCAAGUGCGAGAUGAAGAUCACAUACGGGCAGUGUGGGGAUGUCCUGCGGGCGCUGGGCCAGAACCCUACCCAGGCUGAGGUGCUCCGUGUCCUGGGGAAACCGAAGCAGGAAGAGCUCAACAGCAAGAUGAUGGACUUUGACACCUUCCUGCCCAUGCUCCAGCACAUUGCCAAGAGUAAGGACACGGGCACUUACGAGGACUUCGUCGAGGGGCUGCGUGUCUUUGACAAGGAGGGCAACGGCACGGUCAUGGGCGCUGAGCUCCGCCACGUGCUGGCCACGCUAGGAGAGAGGCUCACUGAAGAUGAGGUGGAGAAACUGAUGGCGGGGCAGGAAGACUCCAAUGGCUGCAUCAAUUAUGAAGCAUUUGUGAAGCACAUCAUGGCCAGCUGAGCCUCUCGUCCCAGCUUCCAGGUCCCCUGUUGCCACCUCCCCAUCUUCACCAACUCCUGCUCUCAGCAGACGCCCCGCUGUCUCGCCGCACCCUGUCCCCUGUAACCUGUGACCAUCUUUACUGUCACAGUCAAGGAGAACCAGGAACCCAUGGGAACCAGGAGCCCAUGCUGGGGACAGCUGAUCUCCCACACAUGGUGCUGACGCCAGCUGCCUGGAGUUGCAGGGAGGUGGGAAGUGCCUCAAGACACCUACAGCAGCCCCCUCCACUGGCCCUGCAGACCUCUGGGUGCCUGUCAUCUCUCCCUUCCGGCUGUGCAUUUCUGUCCUCUCCCCAUGGGCCUGAAUAAAUGGCAUCUUUCCUUC